AUCGAAGGGUCAACUGAAUUUGACGAGGACAUCUAUCAUUGGGCGAAGUCAGGCUCAGAGGUGGCGACUUGUUCUGUACGGCCUGGAAAUACGCAAGACCUUGGAAAGCUACUCCAAUUACUGCACUGGACUAAGACGCCUUUUGCGGUUACCGGUGGAGGACACUCCCUCAAUCCAGGGUUUUCAUCCACGCCUGGAGUGCAUAUAUCCAUGUCUCAGUUUGACCGUCUGAAAUACAAUCCAAACCUGCAGACCAUAGAGAUUGGAGCCGGUCUGACCUGGGACAAUGUUUAUGAUCUGCUCGUCCCGCUGGGGUAUACUGUUGCUGGGGGACGUGUCCGAGGUGGUGUCGGGGUCGCCGGGUUCAUCCUUGGUGGAGGUCUAUCUUGGAUAACCAACGAGCGCGGUUUGACCAUCGACACUUUGUUAGCUUGUGACAUCGUUCUCCCUAACGGCACGGUAUACACCGCAUCAGACGAGAGUCAUCCCGAUCUCUUCUUUGGGUUAAAGGGCAUCGUCACUCAGUUCACGCUGAGGGUAUUCCCUCAAGGCAAUAUUUGGGGCGGCGAAGUCAUUGUCCCAGAAACAAGCAUCCAGCAGGCUACUACAGUCAUCGCAAAGUAUGCCGCUACCGUCAGUGAUCCAAAAGCAACCGUGAAUAUCAUCUUCGAGUAUGCUGAAGGCCAGAUGUCCACUAUCGUCAUAUUGUUUUACAACGGACCUCAACAGCCACAAUACCUGUUUGAUGAGAUGCUCGCCAUUCCGGGCGCGGUUGUUCAUGUUUCUUCCAUGCAUUUCUCUGCUCUUCUCGGAGCUGGUCAACCUCGGCGUACACCUCGGCGGAUACAACACGUAGCGCCAAUACAGCGAUGGACGCCCUCCAUCCUCAGUGCGAUCGGCAACGAGACCAUGUUCUGGGGUAGCUACCUCGAGCAGUACCACUCCGGGCAUUUCUUUGACUACGUCGUCGAGAUCUUUUUACCUGACUACUACAGCCACGGAAAGCCCUCCGCCUGGCCCGCCGACCGCUCCGUGGUGCACUUCCCGCUCAAUAUUGCGUUUGCGUGGUUCGACGAAAAGGAGGAUGCGGCGGUCCAUUUUGCACUUCAGGAGACGGUUGCGAAGAUAAAGUCAGAUGCAGAGGCCGAGGGACAGGUACUGGCGGACGCGUCUUUGUACCCCAACCUCCCUAUCAUCGGCACACCAAUAGAGGAGAUGUACGGAAAGAAUUUGGAGGUACUACGAGCCGUUAGAGCACAGUAUGAUCCGCAUCGCGCGAUGGACUUGACUGGUGGCUGGCACUUUUAG